UGCUGUCGAUCAUGUAUAUGUGUUGCGGUAGUGUUUUGGUGUUUUUUGUAUAUUUUAGUGUUUUUCAGAUGCAAAAACCUUCUUGUUCGAUCUAAUCAUUCGAAAUUGUAUAUUCUCAGGCGUCCUUUUGAAAAUUCGAAGCAAAAUUGUUGAUGAAAUGAAGACUUUUCAUCAUUUUCGCAACAUAACCUAAAAAUUAGGGACUGGGCAAUUGUUUUUGUUUCACUCUUCUCCUGACUCUUCUAAAAAGUUAUCGAAAUUUCGUUAUAAGAAUAUAAUUACCGUAGUUAUAGUGAAAGUUUAUUAAUCAAUACUUAAUUUUGUACGUUAAUAACUGUCGCUCCAAAAUAGCAAUUGCAAAACAAAAUGAGUGAAAGUGCACCAACUAACAAUAAUGUUGCUGAGAGCAACGGAGUAAUUGAUCAUCCAGCUUUUAACGGAGGAACAGAAGAUCCACCAAGUAAAUCGCCCCUGACUAUAGAAGAAAAAGCACAGGAUGCUACAUCUGAAGGUGGAAGCAAAAAGGCAACUCCCACAACAACUGCAGGAACAACUCCCACAGCUCCUGCCAACAGGCCCAAAAAACGUAAAAAGCCUGUCAGAGACGCAACUGCUCCUAAAAUACCCCUAACCGGUUACUUUAGGUUCUUAAAUGACCGAAGGGAAAAAGUGAGGGCUGAAAAUCCAGCAAUGCCAUUUGCAGAAAUUACGAAACUCUUGGCCUCUGAAUGGAGCAAUUUACCAGCGGAUCAAAAACAGCAAUAUUUGGAUGCGGCGGAGCAGGACAAAGAACGUUAUAACAGGGAAAUCAUCGAUUAUAAACAGACGGAAGCGUAUCGUCUAUUCAACGAGAAACAAACGGAGAAGCUAAAUGAGAGCAAAAAAGAAAGAAAUGGAUCUGAAGUAUCUCUGGAACAAAAUGAUGUUCCACCAGAAAAGGACGAUUUUUCAGGAUUUGACAUUCCAAUUUUCACUGAAGAAUUCUUGGAUCAUAAUAAAGCUUGUGAGGCAGAAUUAAGGCAAUUGAGAAAAGCUACGGCUGAUUACGAAGGACAAAAUGCGGUUCUGCAGAGACAUGUAGAUAGUUUACAUGCCGCUGUAAAUCGUUUGGAAUCCGAAACGAAUCAGCAACGCUCCUCAAAUCAAGCUUUGCAAAGACAUUUGGAUAAUCUCCGGUCUCAAUUAACGGGAUGUUUUGCGACUAUACCUCUCCAAGGUACACAUGAGGCAGCAACUCCACAAAACAUAGACAGCUACGUAGAAAAGCUGGAGUCGUUGCUGUCCGGUGGCAUUGAUCCAUCUUUACGGAAUGCAGUUCGCAACGCCGUAUCUCAUUUUGAAUUGAUUGGAUGACAGUCACCUUCCACGGCUGUGCCGACUGCUGUGAAACAUCACCGAUCACGACAUUCGCACCGGAAGUAAGGGUAGCAAAUUUUUUCAUCUCAUGUGAGUCAAUAUUGUGCUACCUAGUAUUAACACACCAAACGGAUAAUAUUAAUAAUAAUAAUAAUAAUAAUAAACUAAUAAAAUAAAU